UGGACACAAAAAGGAAAUUAUCGUUGAAUUGGAUUCAGUGUCGGAUUAGUGCCAAAGAGAUGCCGGAUUUGAAAGUGGAUUAUAAGUGCAUUGAAAACAAUUUGAAGGCUUUUGUGAGCGAUAAGAGUCUUACGAGUGAUUUACAAAUACUCAAUGACUUAUCCGUCAAACCAAUCAAAUACGCGAAUCCAGAGCUCAUCAAACUCUUCAUCCGUAAUCAAAAUGAUGACAAAGAGGUGAAGUCACCGGUGGAUGUGAUCGAUGGCAAUACGGACCUAAUCACCAAUGAAUACGAGGGCGGAUAUAAGAUAUGGGAGGGUCUGCACGAUCUGAUCGACUAUUUUAUUGAUUUUAAAGUUGUCGACAACUUUGCCAAUCACCAGGGUCUCCAUGUGUUGGAAUUGGGCUGCGGUUCUGGUUUGGCGUCCAUAUACUGCUCCAAGAAGUGGCCAAAGGCUCACUUCUAUCUGCAAGAC